AUGGAUCGCACCGGCUACCUCUGCACCGAGAACCUUUGCACAGGUUCAGAUGACGACGUCACCCGAGAAACCACUCGGAUCCCCUUGGCCGACGACAAAAUGCUGAUCAUUUCUCCUAAGGGCGUGAAGCUGGUGUCUGACCACAGUCACACCACGACAGAUGCCCAAAUGACCUGAGUAUCUUUGGGAGGUAUUCGAGAGGUGGAAUGAGGGUCGAAACUGGGGCGGAUGACAGCACGACUGCUACAGAAGCGCUCGGUACCACCACAGAGUGAUCCGACG